AUGCUGCUGGAGCUUCCUCUCGAGCUGCUCCAGAAAUGUAUUCACUUCGCAAUAUUCCCCCAUACUGAAGGUACCGCGGUUAUAACCAACAUACCCCCCACGCCCCAGAACAAGAAAGCUCUCCAGUCGCUCCUCCUCACCUGCCGAGCCCUCUCCUCCGCCACCUUUUCCUACUCAUUCUCCUCUCUCUCACUCUCGUUCGGGGACAUCCGCGCACGCCUCCUCCCCCUCCUCCCUGCCCCCAUCCUCGGCGCCUUUGUCCGGCAGCUCAACGCCUCCGGCACGUUAUCUGCCAAACACGAGCGGUUUCGGAAGUGGGCCAAUGCAAUGACAACGACAUCUACACCGCAGCCCUCCACCGUCUUCCUGCACCUCCACACCCUCAAGGCCCUGUCCACCAACCAUUUCGACGACCUCCCUGCCGCGCUACCCGCCUGGCCGCUCACAUCGCUCUCCCUGUGGGGCAUCCCCGUCGCCCACGAACUGCUGUCGCCGUUCCUCAAGGAGCACGCGGGUACCCUGCAGGAGCUGGGGCUCGCCUUCUGGCGCCGCUACACGAGGGGCGAUGUUAUGGAGCUCCCGAAGAUGCCGUGCCUGCGGAGGGUGAAGCUGUUUGCGGCGCUUGCUGGGCGCAUCCGGGAGAUGCAGGGGCUCGACAUUGGUAGGCUGGAGAGGGUGCAGAGGGAGCAGGCGGCAAUGGAUAGGACGGUGGCGGAUACGAAGGGGGGGAGGGGAUUGAGAGGGAUAGAUUGGCGAGUUCGGCCGGAGGUGGUGAAGCAGGAGAUAGACGUGCCGGGGGAGGCGCGGCGAGAGGUGGAGGUGGUGUAUGAUCUGUCGUAUAUGGAUGUUUGGAGUGACGGGCUCACGUUCGAUGUGGAGAGGAAUGGAGAGGUGGUCAGGGUGUUGGUGGCAAGAUGUGCGAGCUUGAAGACGGUGACGUUUUCGGGGGCGUAG